CUGGUCGACGAUACCGGCCCCCAACCCGCGGGAAAUCGCCACGGGAGCUUCGCUACGACGCUUACCCGCCCGCCAUUAACAAUCGCAACCUGCCAACACCACCCCCCCCCCUUUCGCUUCUCUCGCGUCUCGCCACAACUUUAAUUUUGCGGAAAAGGCCCCCUCCAACUACCGGCGCUGGACGAACGUGGGCGAUGCUCCGGCCAUCGCCGUACCCGUCGCGGCGUCUCCUCCAGAGCGGCGACCCCAGCCGCAUCCCGGGCAUCCCCCCGGCCGAUCCGCCCGCCGGCGUCAGCUCAGAUGUCGUCGUCAUCCUCGCCGCCCUGCUCUGCGCGCUCAUCUGCGUAGUCGGCCUCGCCGCCGUCGCGCGGUGCGCGCGCUCCCGCCGCAACGCCAACGCCCACGCCAACCCCUCCUCGCCGUCCGGCAGCCCGGCCCACGCCCUGGCGGCCUUCGGCGGGGGCGGCGGCGGGCAUAACCAUGGUACCACAACUACUACGACGACAGGCGCGUCCGGGGGCAGCGUGACGACCACCAGCAAGGGGCUCAAGAAGAAGGCGCUCAAGGCGCUGCCGAAGCUGGCGUACGCGGACGCGGUGGCCGCGGCGGCGGCGGCGAGGGGCGCCGUGGCGGGGGGCGAGGAGGAGGAGGGGCAGGACGGGAUCCUCGCGGAGUGCGCCAUCUGCCUGACGGAGUUCGGCGAGCGGGAGGAGGUGCGCGUGAUGCCGCAGUGCGGCCACGGGUUCCACGUCGACUGCGUCGACACCUGGCUGCGCUCCAACUCCUCCUGCCCGUCCUGCCGCCGCCCCAUCGUCCUCGACGACCCCGCGCCGCCCAAGCGGUGCCGCAAGUGCGAGGAGACCAUCCUGGAGGCCGUCAUCGCCUCCUCGUCGUCGUCGGCCGGCGGCAGCCGCGGCGGCGGCCGUGGGGGAUUCUUGCCGUAGUAGCAGUAGAAGAGCCGUCAUGUCCCCUGGCGGGUGGGUCCAGGUCGGUGUGGGUAGUUGAGCUGCUCCUUUCUGCUGCUGGCCCACGCUGCAGUACUACCGCAGUGAAGUCUUUCUUCUCAAGAAAUGGAAGGGAGAAUA